CGCACAACGUCCAAGCGCGACGGGCCAGUUUCGCUGUCACCUCUGAACAACCACGACCAUGCACUGGUUCACUUUGACCUCGCUGACGGCUCUGUUGCCUCUUGUCGGUGCAGCUGUCACUUUCCCUGCAUCGCACCAAGCUGUGUUUGAGAAGGAGCGUCGGCUGUCUGAACUGUCAGCUCUCGACUUUGUCACGCUGUCACAUCCUAGCUACCCCGCCCACUCAGUGAGGAUUAAGCGUACUGAAGGUUUCUGUGAUACUACUGUGAACACCUACACAGGUUAUAUCGAUGUGGACUACGGCGCAAAGCACCUGUGGUUCUACUUCUUCGAGAGCCGACACAAUCCAGAUAAGGAUGAUGUGAUUAUGUGGAUCAAUGGUGGCCCUGGAUGCUCAUCGGCGACGGGGUUGUUUAUGGAGCUCGGACCUUGUCUUAUCAACCCCGAAGGCACGGGCGAGAAUCGGACGAAAUACAACCCCUACGGAUGGAAUGAAGUCGCAAACAUAUUCUUCUUGGAUCAACCAGUCGGUGUUGGUUAUUCUUAUGCGGACUUCGGUGAGACUGUCUCCACCUCCGAAGAUGCGGCGAAGAACGUCCAGGCCUUCAUUGUCAUCUUCUUCGAGACCUUCAAGCAAUUCCAGGGGAGGGCAUUCCACAUGGCUGGCGAAUCUUAUGGUGGUCGCUACCUCCCUAUCUUUGCCAGUGAAGUCUACGAUGCCAACCUUCGGGCUGAAUCAGAAGGUUUUACGCCAGUCAACCUGCAGUCGGUCAUGAUUGGCAAUGGCGUCACGGACGGGCCAACCCUGCUGACCUCGUUCUAUGAUAUCCAAUGCACCACCGCUUCUCUCAAGCCGUUCCAACCAAUUGGACUCUGCACCCAAAUGCGCCAGGCGGUGGACAAGUGCGAUGAGUGGAUGAUGCAAGACUGCUUCCACAGGCAGGACGCUAUCAGCUGCCAGGCCGCCAUGACGUAUUGCCGAUCUGCGCUGCAUGCCCCCAUCAUCGAAGCUGGCCGCAAUCCUUACGACGUAAGCAAGAUGUGCGAGGGCGGUAUUGGCGACAGCUUGUGUUACCCUGUGACGAAGAAAAUUGCAGCCUACUUGAGUGAUCCCAUCACCAAAUCUUUGAUUGGUUCUACGGAAUUCUCCGGAAACUUCUCGAGCUGCUCCCCCGAAGUUAUGAAGGGGUUCGUGGGACACUUUGACUCCUUGCAUCUGAUCCGAUACUACGUUGUCGGUCUUCUCGAAAGGGGAAUAAAUAUGUUAUUCUAUGCAGGAACAUACGACGCCCAGUGCAACUGGGUCGCAAAUAAGCGCUACACGUCUUUACUGGAUUGGCAUGGGAAGGAACAAUUCAACGCUCUGCCUUCGCGGGGAUGGAAUGUCGAUGGCAAGGAGGCGGGCGUCGCACGCUCUUACAAAGAGCUGACAUUUGCCACCAUAUACGGCGCCGGCCACAUGGUACCAACGGACAAGCCCGCCGAGGCGCUGGAGAUGGUCAAGAGAUGGUUGAAAGAUAGGAAGCUGUAAUAUGUCCUGCCAGGGGCCGCCGCGCCCUAAAUCUCAGUGUAGAUGAGUUCUCUCGUAUCAUGGAUAUACAGACACAGGCACC